AUGCAGAACAGUUGUGAGAAAGAAAGUAAGGUGCUUAAAAAUAUUCGAAAGUAUGAAUCGUCAACGUUGGCCAAAAGUAUUUUUCGACCAUCGCAUGAAAUUCAUCCAACACAGAAAUCGUUCUCCAGUUCUGCAAUACAAUCACAAAUUUCCAAUCUGUUGCCGAACAACGGAGGAGGUAAUAAUGUAGGGACAAAUGAUGAACAGAAUACGUCAUCACCAGCAACACUGGAACUUGGUAGUUCCUGCUACAAAACACCGUUGCUGACCAAUUCACCGCUGACAGCUGUUAAUAACGAUACAGCUACAUCUGAAAGUCCAACUGGACCACAGCUUGCGGCGACUGCUGAAUUCAAAGAUACGUUGACAAACCGUAUCAGCAAAGGAUUCAUUGAACUAACGCAGGGCAGUAGCGACCGGUUACAGCGUUGGAAGUCAAAACUUCAAAGUGGAAAGCGUCACAAAGAGUUGAUUAACGGAUCCAGUGCUACUUCGCAGGGGUAUGCUUUUAGUUUCACUUUUUCAUCUCGUUUUCUUCAGUCUGAUUUUUUUAGGAGUUGA